UCCUUUUUUUAUGCACAGGUAUAUAAUGAAGAAUGGCAUUUUCUGAGGUGACAAAAAAACACAAACCAAUAUUUGACUCUAAGCAUUUAACUGUCAAGAAAUCUCAUGCAGCUCCUGGAAUAAAUGAUUUUGAAAUCCUUAAACCAAUUAGCAGAGGAGCCUUUGGACAAGUCUAUCUUGCGAGAAAAAAAGGUUCAAGAAAAUUGUAUGCAUUGAAGGCAAUGAAAAAAUGCAAUGUGUUGACUAAGAAUAUGAUGGAGCAAGUGGUUGCAGAGAGAGAUGCAUUAGCUAUAUCCUCUAAAAGUCCAUUUGUUGUACAACUGUAUUAUUCUUUUCAAUCAGAUGAGAAAAUUUAUUUGGUCAUGGAAUACAUGAUUGGUGGCGAUAUCAAAUCGCUUCUUCAUAAUUUAGGGUAUUUUGAAGAGCAUAUGGCAACGUUUUAUAUUGCAGAAGUUGUUCUGGCAUUAGAGUACUUGCAUAGUCAUGCAAUAUUUCACAGAGAUAUAAAACCUGACAAUAUGUUGCUCUCCAAUUCGGGUCAUGUAAAGUUAACAGAUUUUGGUUUAUCCUGUUUAACGUCGGAAAGAAAACCUAACUUUAUGGACCUCAUCAAUACCCCUGGCCUAGUGAAUAAAAGUAAUGAGACAAAUUUAAGCAAGAAAAUUUUCUGGAGGACUCCUGGUCAAUUACAAUCACUUACGAGUAAUUUUACUUUUUCAAUACCCAAAAAAACAGAACCGAAAAAAAGAAAUAUGUCAUCUUUAAGUAUUAUCGCAUCUACAUCAGAGUCUAAAGAUUUUAUCUUUAGCCCACCUCAAAUGUAUACUGAAAACUCUGAUUUUGCCGAAGCUGCAUCAAUGUUGUCUACUCCGCGAAACCCAAGAGCAUCGUUUUCUUCUGAAGUGAGUGACAGUGCAGGUUCAUAUAAAUGUGGAGGGGCUUGCACAGGAUUGACUGCUGACAUUACGUCACUUGCUCUAGAUAUUAUAAAGCGAAAACGAAGUUUCACAGAUUUAGAUCAAGAAAGCGAUGAAAAAGAGAAUUUUGCAAGAGGGACCAUAUACAAACGAGCCAGACUGUACUCUCAAAGUUUACCCUGUGAAUUAGAAACUUCAACAGAUGAUAUUAAGAAUACAAUUGAUGAAUCACUUAAAAUACAUUCUGUACAUUUUGCUGAUCAAGUUCAACAGUGUGGAAAUAAAACCACUGACUCGCCACAAAUUGUUUUAUCAUCUCACAUGCAUAAAAACCCUGAAUUUAAUAAUCUACCAGGAGCGUCUCCAUUAUCCCAUGAAAUAUCUACAAACAAUAUCAGCGGUGUGACAGCUCUGACAGAAACGAGCCAUAUGAGUAUAAGUUUGGUGAGUGAGUGUGUUAUGCUUAGUCCUCAUAAUGACAGUCUAAAUAAGGACGGGAAAGGAAAAUUAAAUAAAGCAGUAAAAUUUACACCGUCGCCAUCACAAACUGGUGUCAAUUUCAAAAAAGAUUCUCCAUCAUUGACUCCAAAAAGUGCUGUUGAUCAGGGUCGAAAAAAUUCUGAAUCAAUAAAAACUCCUAUUCAGAUGCUAAGAUUUUGUGAUGGAAUAUCACCAGAAUUAUCUUGUUUUCAAACAGGAACUCCAAAUGAAAUUUCAAAUUAUGUGAAAAAGACUCCUGAUGGAAAUUUGAGUCUUGAAAGCUGUCCUAAUGUUACUCCAAAACAAACACCUUUUCGCACACCAAAAAGUUGCCUUCGUGGAAAAGCCACUCCAGCAGAGCGGAAAAAAAUUCUUGGUACACCAGACUAUUUAGCCCCAGAAAUAUUGCUGGAAAAAAAUUAUGGUGCCCCUGUUGAUUUUUGGGCAUUGGGAGUUUGUUUUUAUGAAUUUUUAACUGGAAUUCCACCUUUCAAUGAUGAUACUGCAGAACUUGUUUUUGAACACAUUUUAGACCGCGAUUUAAUAUGGCCAGAGGGCGAAGAACGCCUUUCACAAAACUGUGUUGAUUGUAUUGAGGGUUUGUUAACAGUUAAUCCAGAGAUGCGACCAAAACCUGAUACCAUAAAAGAGAUGCAUUGUUUUGAUGGUUUUGAUUGGAAGAAUCUUCCAACAGCUUCUGCACCAUUUAUCCCCCAACCUGAUGAUGUUUAUGAUACAACAUAUUUUGAAGCAAAAAAUGUUGCUAAUAAAUUACUUAUGUCUGCUUUUAAACCUUAAUAUUAAGUUAAAAUUGAAAGUGCAUAAAAGCACAAGGUAUUUUUUGUUACAAAAAGCACAACUAUCAAAUUUGAAACUUUAUUAUAAAUAAAAUUUUGUAGAAGCCAAAUCAAGCCUUCUUUAAAGCAUCAACUUUGUAUUUACAAUUGUCAAUGUUAUCAAUUUCUUUUAUUGACUUUAAACCUAGCAUCUUUGUAAAAAAUUAAAUAAAUCUUUAGAGACUUGACGAAUCAUUUUGUUUUGUAUGUUAAAAUCCAAUUGACAUAGUGAGUAUUUUUAAGAUGCCUAAUUUUAGACCUUUUUUCAUCUGUUUGUCCACGCAAGUGAACGCAAUUGUUUUUUCGCAUUUUUGCACUUUUAGGUUCAAAUAUACAUUUAUUUUGUUGCUGAAUAAUAAUUUUUGGACAGUUCCCCUAAAGUGUUUUGAUGUUUUGUUGGUUUAUAUAUUUGUAAUGCAUUUAAAGGUAAAGAGUCUGCUCUUAUAAAAUGAAGGAACAUCCGGGCUGAACCCCAAAAGUGAAUACAGUACGUGUCUUGUAAAAAUGUUUAAAUGGCAGAAUUGUUUUGUUGAUUUCUUUUAUACUGUUGAAACGUUUAAAUUUAAAUAAUGUAUUAAAAAUAUAAAUAUAUGAAAUGUUGAAAA